AGACCGAGGCUAGAGAAAGUGUGGUGUCAUUGCUGGUCAUCUUUAUCAAAGGACGUGAUUCCCUCUUUUUUCUGGUCACAUCGCUCCAUACACACCAGUUGUGCUGUGAGAAUCCAGCAUUUUUUGUUGUUGCUACACGUCUUACACAUCGUUCAUCAUGUCGAACAUCGACACCGAGGACGCGCAGUUCCAGAAGGAAGUUCAGGAAGUUAAGCAGUGGUGGUCGGACUCAAGAUGGAGGUACACUAGGAGACCGUUCACUGCUGAGGAUAUCGUUUCGAAGAGAGGUAAUCUCAAGAUUACCUACCCGAGCAAUCACCAGUCGAAAAAGCUUUGGGAGAUUGUUGAAGGCCGCUUCAAGAACAAUGAUGUCAGCUACACAUACGGAUGCCUUGAUCCUGUCAUGGUCACACAGAUGGCAAAAUAUCUAGAUACUGUUUACGUUUCUGGAUGGCAGGCUUCGUCAACCGCUUCAUCGACCGACGAGCCAGGCCCAGAUCUAGCAGACUACCCCUACACAACCGUCCCCAACAAAGUUGGUCACCUAUUCAUGGCGCAACUGUUCCACGACCGAAAGCAACGUGAAGAACGCCUGACCACCGCGAAAGCCGACCGUGCGAAAGUCGCCAACGUAGACUACCUACGACCGAUUAUUGCGGAUGCCGAUACGGGACAUGGAGGUCUCACAGCUAUCAUGAAGCUUACAAAGCUGUUCAUCGAGAAAGGCGCGGCCGGUAUACAUAUCGAGGAUCAAGCACCAGGAACGAAGAAGUGCGGACACAUGGCUGGAAAGGUUCUGGUUCCGAUCAGCGAACAUAUCAACCGUCUGGUUGCUAUCAGAGCGCAAGCGGAUAUUAUGGGAACCGACCUACUUGCCGUAGCCAGAACCGACUCAGAAGCCGCCACCCUGAUCACUUCUACCAUCGACCCACGCGACCACCACUACAUUCUAGGCUGCACGAACCCCGCGCUCCAACCUCUGGGCGAGCUGAUGUAUGCCGCCGAACAAGCCGGCAAGAACGGCGCGGAGCUCCAGGCGAUCGAGGAUGCCUGGACCAAGGAAGCCAACCUGAAGCUUUACCACGAGGCUGUGAUCGACACAAUAAACGCCGGUGUACAUGUUGACAAGCAGAGCAUGAUCAACGAGUUCAUGGAAAAGAGUAAGGGAAAGAGCAACUCAGAAGCACGCGCCAUCGCCGCAGGUCUGACCGGUGUCGAUGUGUACUUCAACUGGGACGCCGCAAGGACACGCGAGGGCUACUACAGGUACCAAGGCGGUUGCCAAACUGCCAUCAACCGCGCCAUCGCAUACGCGCCCUACUGCGACAUGAUCUGGAUGGAGUCAAAGCUUCCCGACUUCGCGCAAGCGAAAGAAUUCGCUGAUGGCGUCCAUGCCGUAUGGCCCGAGCAGAAACUAGCAUACAACCUCUCCCCCUCGUUCAACUGGAAAGCCGCCAUGCCCCGCGACGAGCAAGAAACCUACAUCCAGCGCCUAGCCAAGCUAGGUUACUGCUGGCAGUUCAUCACGCUUGCUGGUCUGCACCAGAGCGCUCUCAUGGCCGACACGUUCUCCAAGGCGUAUGCUAAGCAGGGUAUGCGCGCGUACGGCGAGAUCAUCCAAGAGCCGGAAGCGGAGAACAAGGUCGAUGUGCUUACGCAUCAGAAGUGGAGUGGCGCGAAUUACGUGGAUAAUCUGUUGAAGAUGGUGUCGGGUGGUGUUAGUUCCACGGCGGCUAUGGGUAAGGGUGUUACGGAGGAUCAGUUUAAGUGAAGAGGGGUUAUGGGGGUUGAUGACAAUGAAACCUUUACGUUUGAGAUCCUGGAGACUUCCGCAACGCUAUCGAUGCAUGCUUUAUUUUGGUGGAUCGUUCCCAUGUAUGCUUUCACUACGUGCGAUGAAUCGCUAACAUAUGUCCGUGGUAUACUGGCCACUAUGACUUGGUUCCAACACCCCGAAACCAAGGUUGCGAUCACACAUCGCCGACGAGCGACUCACGAGUUCCGAAAUAUAUACCCUAUCUAUACAAACAGGCCUCUGUUCUAGGAAGUAUAGCUAAUCCAAAGACGGGCUGCUGUGCAAAUAGUGUUAUCCUCGCAACCAGUAAAUGCACAUCAUGCU